AUGUCCGGCGCUUUGAGUAAGCGCCAGCAAGCACGCAACGAGAAAGCCCUCCAUGAUCUUGUCCAUGAUGUCCCGGGCAAUAAUUCUUGCGCAGAUUGCCACGCAAGAAACCCAGCUUGGGCAUCUUGGAGCUUGGGCGUUUUCUUAUGCAUGCGAUGUGCCGCAAUACAUAGGAAGCUUGGUACUCACAUAUCCAAAGUCAAAUCCCUAAGCAUGGACAGUUGGUCCAAUGAACAAGUCGAUAACAUGCGCAAAGUCGGAAACGUUGCCUCCAAUCAAAUAUACAACCCGGAGGGUCGGAAGGCUCCUGUUCCUGUGGACGUGGACGAAGCAGACUCGGCCAUGGAACGAUUUAUCCGUCAAAAGUACAUCCACAACGUUGCCGUCGGACCCAGGAAACCACAUAGCCCGGCCUCCGACGAAGGCACACCGCCCCCUCUGCCCCCAAAGAACUCGGCAAAAUUCGGGUUUCGAUCGGCGUCGUCAAUCUUUCCCCUCUCCUCAAGGGCAAAGAAGGAGCAGCGGCCUGGUAGCGGUGCAGGUCUUUCGACAAUCACUUCGCCGACCCAUCCGAACAAACCUUCGAAAAUCUUUGGCGCAAGCAUAGACAUUGACGAGCAUGAUGACCUGGACCGCAAGCUUGCCAAACUCGGUGAACUGGGGUUUCAAGACGGCCAACGAAAUGCCAUUGUGCUCAAGGGAGUUAACGGCAACCUGGAUCGGGCCAUCGAGGCAUUGGUUCGAUUGGGAGAAGGCAGAAGUCGAUCCCCAGCCCCAACGCAGCUGCCCCGAGAAGCAGCUUUACGCUCGACCAAGUCUCUGACUCCUCUGAACUCGUCAACGUCAUCAGGCUCAAACACCCUCGGGCUUAGUCUCAACAAUCCGCAGAAGCCAAGUCUCGAUCGACCGCCCACGUCAUCCACGACAUCAACCAACCCGUUCGACAUGUUGCCCGUCGCCCAGCCACAAACCGCCCAUUCCACCGGCACUCUCCAUCACAAAAACCCGUACAGCAAUCUGACCAACCCAUUCGGGUCACCGUCGCAACAGGUAGAUCAUGUCAAUCAAGCGUUCCAAGGUCUCAGCGUGUCUGCGGCACCACCGCCAAUCUUCCCGGUCAACGGAGGCACAAUGGUUCAACUACCACCCCCUCCUCCACAGCCUCUGCACCAACAAUCGUUUCAACAGUAUCUAUCUCCAUCGGCCCCGACCAGCCCGCAGGGCUUCCAGCACCCCACGUACUUCCACAGCAUGUCAACCUAUCCCCCGUCAGCAGACCAACUAAUACAACCCAUGCCAACCGGGUAUAACCCGUUCCUUUCCCAACCGUCGAGUCCAACCACGACCCAGCAUGGCCUGACCAUGAACGCGGCGCAAAAUGGUUUCGCAAAUAACCCCUUUGCGCGGUCACCGACAAGGAUAGCCUCUCCGAUCCUGGGACGAAUACCUGAGCAGACUCCAUCAAACUUUAUUCAAUCGACCAUCAGCGCGCUGCCACAAUCGCUUUCGACUCCAGCCCUUCCUUUCCCCACGAAUGCGCAGCAAUAUCAGCAGGUGCAAAUGCCGCAAUUCAUACCUCAGUCGUUUUCUGGUCAACAGCUCUGUCACCAGCCGCCUCGUCGCGACAAGGCCUCGAUCAUGGCGCUAUAUAACCAACCAUCGCAAAUCUGUCCCAGACCAGCUGCCGCAGAACCAAGCUUGGCCACUGGGACGCUCGGCAAUUCAAGCAACCAAGAUGCUUACACACACUCUACGCAGCCUACCAUAGCGUCGAACCAGCCGCCUCGGAGAGCCUCACUAGCCUUGCCUGCAAGCACCAAUCCCUAUGCAAGUGACGGCUUCACCCAACCCGAUCCGUUCUUGCCAAACGGACAUGUAAGCAGGGAGAGCGUGAACCUGGGGAUGGAUAUGGCAUGGAACAACGGGCGACACAGCCCGGACGCGUUUGCUAGUCUCAGCGCCAGGCAUCCAUGCAUUCUGCCGAGGCCAAUGUCAACCAACACGUACCUAUCCGUGGAGUGGGGUGACUAUCUCGUAGAGGAGUCAGGGUGCACAAACCACGCAGCAACAAAGUUUCGGCAGCCACUUGUCACCAAACCCGUGUUUGAAUUGCAUCAAUCUUUAUCCGUCAUCAUCAUCAUCAUCAUCUUGUUCUUCAUACCACAAUGA